CGCAAUUACGUUCCAGACUUCCGCUGUUGUCAAGGUCUUUGGUUACUUCAUUAUCCAACCUGCUGGUGUUAGUGUACACGUGCAUUUCAAAGUAUCGAUACAUCUCCAGUUUUCCACACCGGCUUCGGUUAGGAUGGACGGCUUCGGCUCGGACUUUUCGGCAGGAGGCUCCGGUGGUAAAAUGGACACCGGGACCAUUAUGGAGCAGGUCAAGGUCCAGAUCGCAGUGGCUAACGCUCAGGAACUGCUGCAGAGAAUGACGGACAAAUGUUUCAAGAAAUGUAUAGGUAAACCUGGAAGCACUCUGGACAACUCUGAGCAGAAAUGUAUUGCCAUGUGUAUGGACCGGUAUAUGGAUGCGUGGAACACUGUGUCUCGAACGUACAACUCUAGAUUACAGAGGGAAAGAGCUCGCAUGUGAACCCCCCACCCCACCUCAGACUCUGCUGACUGUUAUGAGGAGCACAGCCAACCAUGGAGCCCAUGAGCUGUGGACAGGUGUGUCAUGGCAGCGGCACAUCAUCAGCCCUCAUCAGUGUACCACAAAGAGACAGACGGAGCCUUGCAGACAGACAGACAGAACUUUACAGAUGAAAAUUACCUGGUGGCCAUAACAAUGUCUUGGUGGACGUUUUCAUUUUGCUCGGAGGAAACUGCUAAGUAAACCCAAGUUUAUUUGAUGAUGUUUUUAUGUUAGGAAUAAUGUUUUGGAGCAUGUCCUGUUAAAAGCUGUUAACAAGUGUGUUUGUAUGAGACUUGCUCCACUUCAUAUGGCACCGUUUUAUAUUGCAUAUUGGUAUCGGCUCUGUUCAGUGCUCACUAUAAUCCUGAGCACAAGUGGUAGGAAAAUGUGUGCAUAGAAUUUAAAAAAAACAACAAAAAACCUUAAA